CGACCCGAUUCGUAAACACAUAAAAUCAGAGAAAGAAAGCUUUACUCUUCAAAGUUCAGAGCUCACAAUCAAGAAGAACAACCAAAGCCCUAGGAUCAAAGUCCUUAGCUUUCUUGAAUAUCGUAGGGUUUGUUGAAAUGGAGAAGGAUCAGAAGGCAGCAACUGAAGACCCCAAGGUCGAUUUGUUCGAGGAUGAUGACGAGUUUGAAGAGUUCAACAUCAAUCAAGAGUGGGAUGAGAAGGAAGAAGGAAAAGAGGCAACACAGCAAUGGGAGGAUGACUGGGAUGAUGAUGAUGUCAAUGACGAUUUCUCUGUGCAGCUGAAGAAGGAACUUGAGAUCAACACCGGGAAGUAGUCUCAUUUAUCUUUUCUGUAUUAACAAGAUUGUAGUCCAUUGUGAGACCAUGGUGGAGCUGGUUUGCCAUUUCUCCAUUUUAUCACUUGCUAUGGCUUCUUAAAACUUUAGUAUUAAUUAUUUUCUUGCA